AUGUCUUCCAGAACCGCUUUCCGUCUCACCAGGGCCGCCGCGCCUCUCUUUUCCACCUCUCGCGCGACCGCUCCCCGAGCUGUGCCCGCCGCCACACGCGCCUUCACCAAGUCGGCCAUCCGCAUGAAGAGCGAUGUCGUCCAGGAGACUGAGGUUCCCGUCAGUGUCUACGCCUCUGACUCCAAGGGCACCGGCACCAGCAGCAGCGACCACUUCUCAAUUCCCGUUUCUCGCGACAAUGCAAAGCCCACUCCUCUCCCUACCGGCCCUGAGGACGACAGCGUCACCCCCCUGACCCAGAAGGUUUACAACACCAUGCCCCCGACCAUGCAGAAGAUGUCGAUUAUGGACAAGGUCGUCAUUGUCACUGGUGGCGCCCGUGGUCUUGGUAACUACAUGGCUCGCGCUUGCGCUGAAGCCGGUGCUAAGGCCUUGGUGAUCUUCGACGCCAACCAGGAGCUUGGUGACGAGUCUGCUGCUGAGCUUCACGCCAAGACUGGUCUGCCCGUCACUUUCUUCAAGGUCGACGUACGAGACGGUGCUGCCAUCAACGCCGCUGUUGACUCUGUCACCUCCAUCUACGGCGCUCCCGACGUCCUCAUCAACAGUGCCGGUAUUGCCGACUCCAACAUCAAGGCUGAGACUUACGACCCUGCCAUGUUCCGCCGCCUCAUCGACAUCAACCUUACUGGUUCUUUCCUGAUGUCCCAGGCCGUUGGCCGCGCCAUGAUGGCCGCUGGAAAGCCCGGUUCCAUCGUUCUGGUCGCCUCCAUGUCCGGAAGCAUCGUCAACUACCCCCAAGAGCAGUCCUGCUACAACGCCUCCAAGGCUGGUGUCAUCCAGUUCGGCAAGUCGCUGGCUGCUGAGUGGGCCAAGUACAACAUCCGUGUCAACUGCAUCUCCCCCGGCUACAUGGACACUGCCCUCAACCGUGUCCCCGCUCUUGAGGCCCAGAAGAAGAUCUGGAAGAGCUUGACUCCUCAGGCCCGCCUCGGUGCCGUCGACGACCUGAACGGUCUCUGCGUCUUCCUUGCCAGUGACGCCAGCUCCUUCAUGACUGGCAGUAACGUCAUCAUUGACGGUGGCUACACCUGCUACUAA